UACCAGCGCCCUCAAGUGUUAGCACAAGAAUGAACUCCUCGGAUUAUUUCAAGAGGGGAGCGAGAACUUUUCCUGUUAUCCUUGGUAUUUUGCUCGGAAUCAGAUUAGCAUCGGUUUUUGCUUGCAAUGGUGACGAAUGCCGCAUUAUCAUCUUUGAGGAAUCGUUACCAAAUAAGGCAAUCAACGGUCACAUUAUCAGGAGCCAAGAGGUAACUAAUGAGGGGAGCUGCCGGAUGAUGUGUUAUAUGGAGCCUAACUGUGUCUCCGUGAAUUUAAGACCCGUAUACGGAGGAAAAUACAGAUGUGAGUUGAAUAAUGCCACAGUUGAUGAAAGUAAACUGACCUUCCUUGAGGAAAUGGGUGCUUACUACCUGGCUAUUGAGAAUCCUUGUAGUAGCAGCCCAUGUUUGAAUAACGGAACUUGUCAAGUUGGUUUCACUAGCAAAGGGUUUCGAUGUGUUUGUGUUCCCGGAUAUGCUGGAGCAAACUGCAAUGUGUUAUCAAAAUCUUGCAGUGACUUAAAGAGGCUCGAUCCCAAAGCGAAAAGUGGAAUCUCGUUGAUUGAUCCAGAUGGCGAAGGAGUAUUAAAACCUUACCACGUCACCUGUGACAUGAGUGAUAAGGACGGAGUUGGUGUGACAGUCAUAGGUCACGACAGCGAAGAUAGGACACUGGUGGACGGAUGUGAGCCUGUGGGAUGUUACUCACGUGAUAUUAAUUACACUAGAGUGACCUUUCCUCAGCUAGCAAGCCUUUCCAGAGUUUCUUUGUUUUGUGAGCAGUUCAUAAAGUACGAGUGUCGAGGUUCACUUUUUCAGAGUGAAAACGACCGAAAGUACGCCUGGUGGGUGUCACGUGAUUCUAUGGAUAUGAAUUACUGGGGCGGAGCAGCACCUGAUAGUGAUAAGUGCGCAUGCGGGAUAAACGGCACGUGUGCAAAAAGGGGUGGUCGUUGUAACUGUGACAAGAAUGACCAUAAAUGGCGUGAGGACAGUGGUCUCCUCAAUGAGAAGACACAUCUGCCAGUUAAACAGCUGAGGUUUGGUGAUACAGGAGCUAACUCCGAGCAAGGCUACCAUACCUUGGGAAAGUUCAAAUGUUACGGAAUCGCCUGAUCUGACAGAAAAAAAAAAGAAACGAAAGAAAAGAAAGUAUUAAGCUUGGCAAUUCCGUAUGACAUACCUGUAUACUGUGAUCCUAAACAAAUAUCUGAUAUGUCUAUCGACCUUUUCAUUACUUACUUUUACAAUUAGUUUGAAGGCCCACAAUGGUAAAAUAAUACUUGAUACGGUAAAAAAGUACCACAUUCUACCCUUUUUUUCAAUGAGGUG